AUGUCGGACACUGCGGUAUGGACAGGAAUGAGAGAGCUAAUGAGGGCUGAAGCCAUGCUUCGACGUGCUAAGGACAAAGGUCCUGCGUUUUCCGAAUUCAUAUGGGGAAUUUUAAUAUUGGCUGGCUUAAGUGGUAUUUAUUAUACAUGUAACACUUUACAAAAUAGUUAUCAAACAAAUGUUAUUAAAAAUAUUAUGGAAACUGGUAUGAUGUAUCCAGAUACUUUACCAUUUCCAGCUGUUGUUGUUUUAUUAGAAUUUUUAUCAUUUGAUGUUGAUCAAGUUAUCGGACGUUGUCGAUGGAAAAAUUCUGAAAUGAAUUGUUCAAAAAUAUUUUUUAAACAAAGAACACAGAUGGGUUACUGUUUCAUAUUUAAUUCAUUAAUAAAUCCGAAAUGUAAAGAAGAAGCGCCAAAUAAUCUCACCAUUUUUAUUACAUUGAAGAAAAAAUUAAUGCCAGAUGCUCCGUUUCCAUGGACAACCGGUGGAAGUGGUAGAAGAAGUGGUCUCCGUAUUGAAUUAAUACCACAUUUCUCCGAAAAUAUUCCAAAACAUUUGAAUAAGCAUGAUAGUUUUUUUAUACGUGCCGUAGAUUCAGAUGAUUGGCCAGCAAGAAGAGGUGAUCAUAUAAAAUCGGUUACAUUAAGUUAUUUUAUUAUUGAUCAAGUUGAUAUUCAAGCAGAAAAUGCUAUUAAAGCACUACCAGUCAUCCAGAGAAAUUGUUUAUUUAAUGAUGAAGUUAUUCAAAGUAAAGAUUAUAUCGAUUUUAAAUCUCAUUAUGCAAUAUGUAGAAUUAAUUGUAGAUUAAGACAAAUUUUAAAAUAUUGUAAAUGUGUACCAGAUCAUUUGAUUCCGAAAACACGUUUUAAACCAUGUACAGCUACCGGUUAUCAUUGUAUUGCUGUUAAACAUGAUAUAAUAGCAAAUUAUUCAUUUUCAAUUAAAGAUAAAGAUACUUUCAGUUUAAAUGGACAAUGUCAUUGUUUUACAUCUUGUUCAAUUAUACUUAUUGAUACGGAUGUUGUUACCAAACAGAAUGAAAUAAGUAAUAGAACUGUUAUUGAUUUUCAUUAUCGUAAAGUUGCUACACCAAAAUUUCAAACUUUAUUAUCAUUCAGUUGGGCCGAUUAUAUGGUAUAUUUUGGUGGAAUAUCAUCAACAUUUGUUGGAACAUCAAUUAUGAGCAUUUGGGAAGGAAUCUUUUAUAUAUUCAUGAUUAUUUCAGCAUUAUUUUAUAAAAUAUGUAAAAAGAUUUUGUCAUGGUAG